AUGGAAAACAACGAUCAAUACCAAUUAAGCACUUGGGGAAGCUUAUGGCGUUAUAUUGGCAUUGAACGCCACGCCACAUAUGGCUAUUAUUACAUGCUUGGCUAUGCGAAAGCGACGGACUAUAUCGAUUGGUCGUUGUACUAUUUAGGGUUAAAGGACCAAAAACCGCCUUUAAAAGGAGAGACUCCCGAAGACUUCUACAUCAGAAAAAUCUAUUCGACAUCUUAUGAUUGUUUCAACCGGCCAAUUUGUGGCUCUGCUGCAAAGGAAAUUACCGUUGGGAUCAGACGAGAAGUUCCCAUUGAAAAUAUGAAGCACUUAGUCUUAGUUGAUGGCGUCGAACGAGAAGCUUUGAACUUUGGGUCGUACAAUUACUUAGGAUUUGGUGGAUUACACCCGAUAGUCACUCCACAGAUAUUAAAGACUUUAAAUACUACGGGAGCUACAAUGUCUGGCUUUGCAUCGGAAGGUGGCGUUUCCGCAGAACAAGAAGAGCUCGAGGAGUUAAUGGCCGACUUCUUACACAAAGAGUCUGCAAUCGUCGUUCCAAUGGGCUUUGCGACUAACAGCACUUUGAUCCCAAUUUUACUUGGAAAAGGCGAUGUCGUGUUUUCCGAUGAAUUGAACCACUCGUCCAUCAUCACAGGAAUUAAAAGCUCCAAUGCGGAAGUCAAAGUGUUCAAACACAACGACAUCUCAGACUUGAAGAACAAAUUGGAACUCCUCAAGACUAAAGGAAUGAAAGACGGAAGUCAACCCAAAAAGGUGAUGGUUAUAGCGGAAGGACUGUAUUCGAUGGAAGGGCAAUUUUGUCCGUUAAGAGAAUUAAUAGCACUGAAAAAGAUCUAUGGGUUCUAUUUAUAUAUAGAUGAGGCGCAUUCCAUUGGAGCACUUGGAGAAACGGGAAGAGGUAUUACUGAGCACUUGGGCUGCAGUUUUGAAGAUGUUGAUGUCUUGAUGGGGACCUUUUCAAAGUCAUUUGCUUCAGCUGGUGGGUACAUAGCUGCUGAUAAGAAGACGAUAGAGUUAUUAAAGUCGAAUUGUUAUUCAUACAUCUAUGGAUCAGCAAUGUCACCGAUUGAAGCGCGACAGAUUAUAGCGGCUUUGAACUUAAUGAAAACAGACGAAGGCAAACAAAGAAUCGCACAAUUAAGAAAGAAUUCCAUCACAUUCAGAGAAAAGUUGAUACACGCCGGGUGCCACGUCUUAGGCGACCGAGACUCUCCUGUUAUUCCAGUGAUGUUGUAUCAUGCUGGUAAAGUGAAAGAUGUCUCUCGAGGAUGUUUAAAGAGAGGAGUAGCUGUUGUUGGAGUUGGAUAUCCAGCUUGUUCGAUUACUGCGUGUCGAGUUAGAUUCUGUAUAUCAGCCGCCCAUACUGAUGCUGAUAUGGAGAAGGCGUUCAACGCGACUAUGGAAAGUCUUAAAGAGGUGGAUUGUAUCUUUGGCAACACACCACAGCCAAAUGUCCUCUACACGGCCAAGAAAGUAGAUAUAGAAGAGCUUGAGAACGAGCCAAAGAACCCACGAACGAUGACUCCACUGUAUGAAAACUCAGACAAACGACCCAUUUUGGAGAAAAUAGAACGACCGGAGAAGACUUUGACUGAUUUAUGCACAUAUGACAUCUAUGGGUUUGGCCAAGACAAAGAAAGAACACAGAUCUUAGAGAAUGUCAUCAAUCACUAUGGAUGUGGGUCGUGCGGGCCAAGAGGGUUCUAUGGGACGACUUUAGAGCAUCUUUCUAUCGAAGCAGAGUUGAUGAAGUUCUAUAAUGUGAAUGACGCUCUUGUGUAUUCCUAUGGGAAUAACACAUUAACGUCUGUUGUCCCAGUCUAUGGACAAGCCGGAGACACUGUUUUAGUCGAUGAGAUGUGCAACUAUGAGAUUCAGUUAGGGUGUAGAUUAGCAAAGAAAGCCAAAAUUGUGAAAUUCAAACAUAACGACGUGCAAGAUGUCAUCAAGAAAAUCGGAGAGAUUAAAGAGACUCUAGUCUUCCCGGGAAGAAUCGCUAUAGUCACGGAAGGCGUUUUCAGAGCAGACUUCUCCCUUGCGCCACUUGCCGAGUUGUCGAAAUUAAGAAAGAAGAAUGUCUUGUUAAUAGUUGAUGAUUCUUUGGGGGUUGGGGUAUUAGGAGCGCACUUAAAAGGUUCAUUAGAGCAAGCUGGGUUGACAGUGAAUGAUGUUGAUGUGUAUUGUGGGAACAUGGAAAUGGUCUGUGACACGAUAGGUGGGUUUGUUGUCGGUAAAUAUUCGAUGAUUGACAAACAACGCCUCUUUGGAGCGGGAUACAUCUUCUCUGCUUCAGCUCCACCAUUUACAUGCCGUGCUGCUACAUAUGCCUUCCAAACGUUUGAUAAAGAAGGUGUCGAUAAAGGAAUUGAAUUACGAGAGAGACGCAAAGUGUUUGAUCAAAUGUAUGAAGAGCGUGUGAAGAAUGUGAAGAAGAUAGGAGACGAUAAGACUCCAUAUGUCUUACUUGAUGCUCCCGACAAUGAAAAUUUGGUGAAGGUUUUAAGAGAAAAUGGAUUCUUUGUAGCACAACAAGUCCAUUUAAUAGAGGAUUGGUGUCAAACCAAAUACGUCCGAGUUAAUAUAGGACAGAGCUUUACUCCCGAGAAGAUCAAGACGUUCAUUGAAGUCUUAGCAAAGUUGUAA